AUGAAAAGGAUUUCGCUUGGAAUUUUAAUUCUACUCUCUCUUGCUUCCAUCUCGCUUGGACAGACACCUCAAGAAUGUAAAGAAUGUGCAGCUGAUCCAUGUGGAUGUACUCUCUUUAAAUGCUCUAAGAAGACACAGUUCCCUGCAGACACUCAGGACCUUAGUAAGGGCUUUGGUGGGUGCUAGCGAAAUGAUGGGAAACUGACAAAUAUUGAUGAAAACUGCAAACAAAUUGGGAACAGAGGAAUCAUUCUUGGCACUGGCUAUGAUCUCACUGGAGAGAGUGCUGAGGGCUUAAAGACUCUUGGUCUGGAUGAUAAACUAUUGGCAAAGCUGAGCCCAUAUUUUGUGAAGUAGGAGGACCCAGUUAAGUUUCUAAUGACUAAUCCUGUGGAAUUCAGUCUUCAAGAAAUCCAAGCCUUUGAACUCAUUAAGUUAGCUGCUAAGGUUAAUGAUCUCUAGAAGGCAUACGAUGAUAACCUUUUCAACGACAGCAAAUACGGAGAACUAAGGGAAGUCAAGCCUAAGUUUGCUGAAUUGAGUAGAGGAACGAGGACUGUGCUCUUCUCGUAAGAUAGAAAAUAUGGAAGCCCUGCUAACUUCAAUCAACUGUGGAAUUAGGCACUUAGAGUGGACUUUCAAAGCAUUAUGGGAUAGUUGAACAAGGAAGGUUAAACCAGCGAUAGAAGCCUCGCAGAGGGUCAGAUUCUAAAGUACUGCAUGGAAAAAUGCUCGGAAUCAAAAAAGGUGAACAUUUUGUUUGUGAUGGACGCAUCAGGAAGUAUUGGACGAGAUAACUUUAAGACUCAAACCGACUUCGUACGAAAUCUUAUUCAAAACACAAAGGUAGGAGAGGAUUCCUACCAAAUUGGACUACUACUAUUCUCAAAUAACAAUCAGCUGCUCAGUGAUUUUAGCGCAGACCAAGCUGCUUUACUUACUGCACUAGAUAAAAUAGCAUAUCGUGGAGGAGGAACCUAUACCAACGCAGCUCUACUUGAGGCUAAAAGAUUAUUUACAGUUCAAUCUAGCAAAAGGCCCGACUCGUUGAAUAUCAUGUUUGUUCUCACAGAUGGAGUACCUACUGAUACAAUUGUGGAUUCAACCAUUUCAUCGCUGAAAGCUCUGGAGGUCUAAAGAUAUGCCGUCGGAAUAGGCUCAGGGAUCGAUCAAGAUGUAUUGAUGCUCAUCUCAGGAGAUAACAAUUAGGAUAAAUCCAGAGUCUAUCAGGUUACAGACUUUAACAAGCUCAAGUCACUAAUCAACUCUAUCAACGUUGCUGCUUGCUCUACACCAUAGGAAAUAGAGAGUGACAAGAAAACCUUUGGGACCACUCUAGAUGGCCAAGGAUCUUAAUACUUCUAACUCGUGGAGAAAAACGUAUCCCUCAUAAUUGACGUCAAUGAUCUUGCUAAACCUUCACCUCCUCUUUCAGCAGAUUGCAAACCAUUAUCAGCUAGCGAUGGUGAGACUGUCUUCUAUCUUGGUGAUGUUGAGGUCUACUAUUCAUUCACCUAUGACAUGCCAAAUCAGUUUAUAAAUGAUGGUGCUGGUGGGCAAAAAGAUGGUAGGAUCUCACUUCUUAUCAACAAUAACAAAUCUAAUAUAACAUACGUUGCUUUGAAGAAACGGUGUGCAGGCAAGAUUGGACUCUCUCUCAAGCAGGAGAAGUUAGAAUCAGAGAAAUGUGAAAAAGGUUGCACUCUUUGUGAUGAGCAACUUCAAUGCAGAGUGUGCGAUGCAGGCUAUGAGCUUGUAUCUGGCAAAUGCAACUAGAAACUACUACCUGCUGUGUCUAAAAAGCUUGCAGAACCAACUGAUAAUAAUGAUAACUAACCACCUCCAACUAAUUCUGAGAAUAAGACUGAGACAAAGACUGAAAAAGAAUCUGAAGCUGCUAAACCUGAACAACGUGCAGAGCAAUCUGAGACUGAGCCUGAGAGCUCAAAAGGUUGGUUGAUCUUUUUGAUAGUUGCCUUGAGUUGUGCCUGCUGCGGAUUUUGGAUCUUCUUUAUCUGUAGAAGAAGGAGAGAUAAAGAGGAACAACACCGCCAUGAUAACUAUUUACUGCAAAAAGAUAACCAAACUGGCUAGACGCCCCAAUGA